CGUGUCUGUCCCGGGCUCCGUCUCUCUUCGCUCGGACUCGGGCUGAUGAUCGCUGCGCCUCACGCGGACCACAUUCAGCACGAUGGAAGUGAUCGAGACAGACCGCAUCAACAUCAUUGCGGAGAAGAGGAAGUGGCAGAUGGAGGUGGAGAAUAAGAGACGCCAGCUGGAGGAUGAUAGGAGAGCUCUGCAGCACCUCAAGUCGAAAGCUCUGAGGGAGCGGUGGCUGUUGGACGGAGCGCCCUCCUCUGGACCGGAACAUGACGAGGUAAAGAGACAGCUCCAGCAAGACGAGAAGAAGACCAGAGACCUGGAGGACAACAUCAACAGGUUGGAGCGAGAAUUAGCUGUUUUGGAGUCAGAAGGAGGACCCACAAUUACACCGGCCCCCAUAGUGAAGACAGAGCUCAUCCAAGAGGUAGAAUUUGUCCCAGUCAAACCUCAGUCCAUGGUCUCCACUGACCCAGAGGUCAAAGGUCAUGUAACCCCCAGAAUGAGCAAACCUGGAGAGGCCACAGCAGAGAUGAGGAGGGCCAUGUACUCGGUGGAGAUCCGGGUGGAGCGGGACAAUGUGACCGGGGAGACACGUGUCCUGUCCGCAAACCCCACCUUGCCUGUGGAGCCCGGGCUGGGGGUCAAAGUGUACGAGGACGAGCGCAAAGUGGUGCAUGAGAUGAACGGGGAGGAUGGCGGCCAUAUUUUGAGUUCUUCUGAAGUGGAAGAGCUUAUCCACAAAGCUGACGAGGCCCAUGUGAAGUCCAAAACCAUCACUACUGUCACAGCUUUCACUGCUACUGCUAGUACUACUGAUACAACUCCUGGUAGUACUACUGCAAGUGCAAGUACUACUGCUAUUACUACUACUACAGAAAAGCUCCAGGAAGCGCCAGGAGAAACUAAACCCGUGGAUGUGAGUACAGUUUCCAGUGUGGAGAUCACCGGACUGGAGGCCAAACCGGAGAAAGAACCAAGUAUCUCCGAGGCGACAGAGGACCACCCUGUCACAAUGGUCUUCAUGGGCUACCAAAAUGUGGAAGACGAGAAUGAAACCAAGAGGGUUCUGGGGCUCAAAGGAACAGUCAAAGCAGAGCUUGUGGUGAUCGAUGAUGCUGAAGGCAAGACAUCACCAGUGGAGCAGAAAGCCGUGCAAAAGUCUGCGAAAAAAGCCACUACUCCUACUGUGGAAGAUAUCCCAAAAGCGAAAGAAACAUCACAGGAAAAGAAGAAUGGAGAGAUGGCAGCAAGCUCGGAGGAGGUGCGAGCCGGAGACGCAGAGGAGCAGGCCGUGAAAAAGAAGCAGCCGUGUAAGUGCUGCACCAUCAUGUGAACAGCAGGGGGUGUUCCACUGAAAAAGUUCUGUUCAGUAUUCAUAAAACGGACAGAGACUUAAGAAAUACAUGAACUUAACUCCACCCACUGCCCUCAGCAUCUAACAUGAGUCUCCAGCAGGCAGUGAAGGAGUUAAAAGGUUAAAUGAAAGGAAAUAUGUUAUGCUAAAUGUACUUUUGGAGCAUUAAAAGUCACUGUAUCUGAUUUUUACUAUAGGACAUUUUAAACGCUUUGCAGUGGUCCAAAGUCACUCCUCACUUACAUAAUGCACUGUUAAUUAUUCAUCGCAAUGAGUUUAUAAACGCUUUUUACAACCAGCGCGAGGUUUUGCCAUCACCGUACUACUAACAACAACUAGCAGGCUAAGCAAGCACUCCCUGAUUAUUCGGCAAUAAAAUGCUUUAUAGUUUGAUGCAGAAAGUACACAAUGGACUUAUUUUGACCUAUAGAGUUUAUAUAUAAAUGGACGUAGCUAACCUGCUAGCCACAGCCAAAUAGCAAAUGAACAUGGGAGCAAUUCGACUUUAUUGACUCGUCAUUUUUUCGCUCUACAUGAUCCUGGUGUUUUUAUUUCACUAUUUUGUCCUUAAAUCAAGAGAUGAACAAUAUUAACACACCAAUCAGGUGCCUUCUU